AUGGACACCACCGUUUCACGAAGCUCAUCACGAUCAUCCACUGUGGUCCUAUCUACGCAGGAUUCGAUCACAGGCAGCAAGCGCAAACGUACGCGUGCCGAAUCCGAGACGCCCAAAAGUCGGGACAUGGAUCGACAUGCCCGUCCUCAGCUACAGAGAGCAUCCAAUUCAGUACACGGGGACCAGGUGGUACGCGGACGUAUGUGUAUACUAAUACCUAUGCAACGGUCAGUUGACGAUGUUCCAGAAGUGCCGAAUUCACCAGAUGUCAGACGGCCAAGACCAUCAACUACUAGAGAAGGUACUCGUGGACGUGACGCUUCGACAGAUUCCUCAGAUGACAAGCUACCUUAUGCUUGUCCUUAUGCCAAACAUGAUCCUAGAACUUACUCUCAUUCUCGUCAAAGCACAAGUGGUGAUCAUGAGUAUCGCAACUGCUCAACUGGAUAUUGGACGUCUAUUGCACGACUCAAACAACAUUUAUAUCGUACUCAUGACAAGACUACGAGAUGUUGUCAAAGGUGCUGGCAGAAUCUUCCGAACGACGACAAGUAUCGCGAUCACAUCCGCGCAGCAACCUGCAGACGUAACGCCGAACCCGUCGAGAAAAUGGACGCCGAGCAGGUUGAGCUAGUCAAGGCACGGACUCAGGACAAUUCGGAAGCAUGGUACCAUCUUUACAGCAUCCUCUUCCCUGACGACGGAAGGCCUGCAUCGCCGUAUGCAGAGUGGGUUACUGGUGAGAACCUCAGACAGUGCUUCCGAGGUCUUCAGAAACGUCUACCAGUACUUUUGUGGCAGGCAGCAAUUCAGUUUCAACUUUUGACGAGAGACGAGCAACCUACGAACACAAAAUUAUUUCGUACUAAUGCACAAAUUAUCCAUCAAGCACUUCGACGAUGCCUGGAGGAAUUUGCAGAAAGCACAGGUCUCAGACACGUCUUUGAGAGUGGCCCUGCCUCACCAACAGGGAGUAUCGCAGGCAGUACUUCGAGUGAGCGUGGUAAUCUUCCUGCAACCAGGAUCCAAUCAAAUCCUGAGAUACCAAGUCACAGACACGAAAGACAUACUGCGUUCCAACCCGAAGACACAAGUUCCUCAGAUGACGAGAUGAGUAUCGACCACACACUUCAAUCUCAUCAAACACCACAUCACCCUCUAGCAUAUGCCACUCCGGCAGUCUCGAUGCCAUAUACUUCGGCAAGCUUCACCGCGACCACCUUUGCGCCUUCCUACGAGGAUCUCGUAGCUAUGGAAUCUAUCUACCAGACGUAUCACAACCAUGAGGAUAAUUUUUAA